UCGACUGUCUCGGCACUGUUGGCCGUCGCCACCAGCACAGCGUCCGAUACCGCCUCAGUGCAAUCGCGGAACUCGUCGCGCGCGCAUCGCUUUUCGCGACGACCGAAUUUGAACUCGAACCAUCGUACCUUGUCCGGUGCGCGAUGUCUUCGAUCGCGAAAACUGUUGCGGUUUGCGCGUAUUCAUUCCGUUAAAACAAAUCGCGCCGCGUCUACUAGACUCCGAAGGGUCGCCUGCGCUGGAAAUUACGGGCAAGUUAGGUAGUAGCCGGUGAAUCGCGAGUUCGUUUACGUCGCGGUCGAUUAAUCUGUUGGAUACGCGAUGCGCAUUUUAUCUCGGCGUCGUUGCACUCGCCAGUAUCGCUGCCGCGGGAAGGAGAACGAGUGAACGAGUGUGACCGAUGGAAACAGUGCGCGAACACCCGACGAGUACUCGCGGUCGAUGCGACGAUCCGGAGACGUCGAUCGGGAUUCGAAGCGAGUGAGAGGAACGAAACGAGCGUCUAACGACCGAUGACGAGAGCGACGGUACAUACGUAGCGACGACACGUGCCGGUCGCGCGGAACUCGAAUUUCCUUCUCGGUCGAGCGGCCGAGGAAGCGAUGAGGUGAAAAGUGCGCGACACCAAGCGCGUUAUAAGGAAUAAAUAUAACCGCGCGUUCGUUGCUGCCGCCAAAGAAUUCGAACGCCAACGAGCCGGAAUUUAUCGAUUUAUCGGCGAACCGAAGGAAAACUGCCACGGAGAGAUUGGCGCGAAGUACGAGAUACGAAUAUAGUGCGCACGAACGUCGCGUCGCGGUCGUUAGGAUGAUUCGAUGGUGAACCCGUCGAGAGACGAUCGCCAGUAUGCUGUGGAUACUGAUCGUGGUGACGUGCAUCCAGCUAUCGACCUCUGCCGCCAACGCACCGUCGAAGAAGACCGUAUCCAGUCAGGAAGACGCCAACAACGUCGAGCCGGACCACCCGAUACCCAUGGAGUCAAUACAGGGAGUGGCCGGACAAAAAGCUACUUUGCCCUGCAACAUACAACCCCGUGAGCCGAACGACGCCGUCUCCAUGGUACUCUGGUUCAAAGAGGACAGCGGCGAGCCUCUGUACAGUUACGACGCGAGAAAUCGGCAAUCCGGAAAACCGAAAUUGUGGAGCUCUCCGCAUUUUUGGGGAGACAGGGCAAACUUCAAGGCGAGCCCACCGGCCCAGAUUACGCUCCGGGAUCUUCGGCAGAGCGAUGAAGGAGUUUACAGAUGCAGGGUAGAUUUCCGAAAUUCACCGACGAGGAACCUCAAGGUCAACUUUACCGUCAUCGUACCACCAGCCAAGCCGAUAAUCUACGACACCAAAAGGAGAGACAUGAGCAAACUUCUCGAAGCCUAUCCCGAAGGAGCCGACCUCUUCCUUGUCUGCGAAGUUCACGGAGGGAAGCCUAGGCCUCGGGUCGCGUGGUACCUGGAGUCGCAGAUAAUCGAUGCGUCGACGGAGACUCGAGAGACCCAAGGGCCUGGUGGCGAAAUCAACGUCGUAACCAUAAGCAACGUGACGUUGAAGGGUCUCACAAGGAGUCACUAUCAUGCCAAAUUAUUCUGCAAGGCAACCAAUACUCAUUUGGCGCCGCCGCCUACCACUGCCGUCGUCAUCGAACUCCACAUGAAACCAUUGAAAGUGGAAAUUCUGGGUAAGGAUAAGAUCCUAUCGGUGGGGAGGAAGUACGAAACUAGGUGUCAGAGCACGGGUUCGAAACCACCUGCCAUUCUGACUUGGUGGAAGGCUUCGAAGCAGCUCAAGCGGACGAUCAAAAACUUUCAGGAAGAUGGAACAAGCGUGAGCGUUCUGCAAUGGACACCAUCGAUCGAGGACGAAGGAAAAUUUCUCGUGUGCCGUGCGACGAAUCCGAAGCUUCAAGUGCCCGGAAUCGAAGAUCGAUGGAAGUUGAAAGUACAUUUCGCCCCAGUGGUCACUCUCAAGAUGGGCUCGUCGCUCGACCCGAAAAACAUCAAAGAAGGCGACGACGUUUACUUCGAGUGUAAAGUUAGAGCGAACCCGGUUGCUUACAAAUUACAAUGGUUUCACGAGGAAGAAGAGCUCCGUUACAACGUCACCGCCGGCAUUGUACUCUCGGACUACUCCUUGGUUCUUCAGAGUAUAACUCGAGGAUCCGCCGGAAAGUACAAAUGUACGGCCGUCAAUGCCGAGGGCCGCGCCAGUUCUAACAUAGUUAACCUCGAGGUCAUGUUUGCCCCCGUUUGUAAACACGUUUCAAACUCGACUGACGGAAAACACCCGAAUGCGACGCCGCCAUCGUCCGAGGAGGUUCACGGUGCACCGAAGCAUGAGACUAUCGGGUUAGUCUGCGAGGUCGAAGCGAGUCCAACUUCCGUCACCUUUCAUUGGACGUUCAACAACAGCGUCGACCUUACAGACAUUCCGUCCACGAAGUACACGAACGAGGGUACUUCGAGUAGGCUGAAUUACACCCCAGCGUCCGACAUGGAUUACGGAACGUUGGCCUGUUGGGCCAGUAAUGUCGCUGGUCCCUCCAAACAACCGUGCCUCUAUCAAGUAGUCGCCGCAGGCAAACCGUACCCGCUGCAGAAUUGUACGGCGCAUAAUCGGACCGGUUCAUGGAUCAGAAUAUCCUGCGUGGAAGGAUACGACGGUGGAUUACCACAAAAGUUCGUCGCGAAAGUAGACAAACAAUGGUUGGAAUCCGCGAACCCUUAUUGGGAAUUGGAACUACGCAAACCGACGACUGUCGCCCUUUACGCGUUCAAUGGGAAAGGAUUGAGCGAUCCGGUUAUCAUGGAAGGAGAAGCCCUAAAAGGAGUGGCUAAGUUCACCGGGGAAUCGACAUCUUCGGUGGACAUGUCACCGAUCUUGAUCGGAUUGGGCGGAACCGCGACUGGCUUAGGCUUAAUUGUUACCGGAGUUCUAAUGGCUCUUUGGCGAAAACACGCGGCCACCCCAGUGAAAUCGAAGCCACUGCCUCAACAGUCUAUCGCCGGUAUCGCAACUUACGCGAGCAAAGGCGAAGAGGAAGAUGGAAAUCCUGAUCUCAUACCGACCACGGCAUUGACCAAUCAUCUUAUAGAUAAGAAGCUCCUACAUUACAGCUCUCUACCGCGGAGGCCAAGACAACUCGAACUAGGCCGAGAAAUAUCUCACGAUAUUAUAGAAGAAUCGGAUUAUCCUCGAGCAUCCCCAAACACAUUCCAUAGUCUCCAGAGGCCACAUCGAUAUUCGGAAACGAUGAUCAGAAGCACUGUGAUUCAAGAAAGCUGUAUUUGAGAGAGGACGACGACGGAACGUACACUAUACGUUUGCGACAAUGACUCGGGCACUGAUACGAUAACAACUCUGCGAGGCACGGUCACGACCCUUCGUCGCUAAACAAGUGAAAAUCGAAAGGACUAAAAAGCUAUGCUUAUGCCAGAUUGUACACGUUUAAGCGUACGAACAAAUUAAUUAGUAACUCGACAACAUUAAUGUCCUCUUGUAAAUACAUUGUAUAUAAAUAAAACACUACGUCGAUUUUUCGUGUUAA